AUGUCUUCAGUGCACCUGGCGGGCAGGCCGCUGCCUGCCCUGCCUGCGGUCAUAAGCCACGAGGUCAUCUUGGGCCUGCUGCGGGCCCUGGACGAAGGCGGCGCUGACGAGCAGUGCUUCGCCGCCCACCGGCUUGCGGCCCUGCUGGAGGCCGAGGAGGCCAAGUACCGCGCUGUUGUGGGUGACCCGCAUGCCAACCCAAGCCUCAGAAACCACUACACCGUGGGAAAGAUCCUGGCGUUCAUCAAGGAAGAGGAGGAUGUGUAUGACAAGAUCUGCGACACCUGGGUGCAAUCGCGCAACGCCACACUCGAGCAGCAGGUCGCGGGCCUGCGGCUGCUGCUGGCGACGCUCGAGUGCUGGCUGUUCCAGUACCCCCUGACGGAGGAGGCCCUGGUGGAGCGGCUGGGCCACUGGAGCGUGGCCGGGCUUGAGAAGGCGCCGCUGCCGGGGGAGGGGGCGCCGGGGGGGCGGCAGGAGAUGCUGGAGGAGGCGCGGCAGGCGUACGCGCUGGGCGUCCUGAGCAUUGCGCUGACUAAUGAGGAGUACGCUGAUGAGGCAGUUCGCACGCCCCUCGUGCCGGCGGCCUGCCGGUACCUGAGGCGCGCGGUGACCGCCAUGGCAGCUGGCGCGCCCGGCGGCGCGGCCGGCAGCAGCGGUGCUGCGGCGGCAGGGGCGUCGGCGGACGACGGCCCCGCGGCCGGUGGCGGCGAGGGGGAGUCACCGGAGGUCGCGCACGUGCGGCAGCAGCGGCUGCUGGCGGCGCUGCGCUGCCUGAUGUGCACUGGCGAGUACGUCGAGUCCCUCGGCCCCUUCCUCCAGUUUUGCGGCGUCGACACCGUCUGCACGCUGCUGCGCCACAUCCGAGCCGCCUCCGCCGCGGGCGGCGGCGCGCGCGGCGGCGGCGGAGGUGGCGGCGCGGCGGCGCAGCGGCUGGGGUGGCUCAUGCACGAGGCGCUGCAAGUGGUGUGCUCGCUGCUGGCGCACCGCAAGUUUGCUGAGCUGCUGGUCGAGGCGGGCGGCGUGCAGCUGCUGCUGGCUCUGCCGAGGAACCAGCACUCUUACCCGGGCCUCUCCCUCGCCCUCUUCGGCCUCGCCGCCCUGCCCCUCGCCUUCGAGCGCGCCUGCGCGCUGCCGGCCCCCGUGCCCCGCGAGAUGGUCGCGGCCGCCCUGUCGCUGCUCACCAGCGGCAGCGACGUCGCGCGCAAGAACGGCGCGCUGUUUCUUGACCACGCCCUCAGCACGCGCGUGGUGUGCAAGGAGUUUGACUCACAGGAGGGGCUGCACCGGCUGCUGUUCCCGCUGCGGCGGCUGCUGGCGCUCACGCGGGAGGGCGGGGGCAUGCACCCGGACGUGCGGACGGAGCGGCAGGUGCGGCGGGGGUUGGAGGGGCGGGGGGUGUAG